AUGGAAGUAAAAAGCAAGGCACUAGAAUACUAUCGACAGGAGAAAUACCUUGAAAGUAUCUUAAACGCCAAAAUGUGGCUGGGAUGGAGUAAACGUGUUGGUAAUAAACGAGAAGAAGGAGAGGCGUGUAAAAUUUUAGCCUGGUCACAUCGCUAUCUGGGAAAAUACGAAGAAAGUAUUAAAUACGGAAACGAAGUGUUCAGAAUAGCAAAAGAAGAGUUAGAUGAAGGAGCAGAGUUGGAUGCGUACGUUGUUCUAGCUUCGUCAUAUGUAAAACUUACACCUGAAAAAAGGUCAAAAGAAACGAGUCUAGAUGAUAAUGCGUCAGAUUCAGGUAUUUAAGAGUGUUUCAGUACACUUAACUUUACGCAUAGCGCAAUGUUUUUAAAGUAUUAUAAAUUUUGGAACAGGAAAGCUGGAACUAUACAAACAUUUAAUGUUGUAGUAGUGUUGGUCCAUUAUAUACAUGUAAUUUCUUUUUAGGGAGCACUUACCAUCUGAAUGGUUCAUCAAGGGAAACUUUGAGAAAUUGAUGUUUGUUCUUCCCUUAUACUUUGCUAUAAAUUGUCUUGGCAUGUACUCAGACAUAUUCAGUCUGCCAAAUUUCAGUCAGCUUGAUCAUUGUGUUGCACUGGUGUGGGUGUAAAAGGCAUCAGCAGUAUUAAAACCCUGAGUAUCAGCUGAAGUGCAAGUGUAAGACCAGACAUUGUUGAUUUUGCUAACUCUUAAAUAGACUACGAGCGGUCUCUCUUUUUUCUUAGCCCGUCGAGCAAGACAUAUGCGCGAGACACGCAAAUGACCACGCGCGUGACUGAAGGCGCGAGACGGGAAAGGCACAAAACAGAGAGAUCUUCUCGGGCUGCUGCCCUCGUUUUCGCGUCUCUCCGCUUCACCACUCGGCGCUCGUGCGCACGUGCAUUUCCCUCACUAAAUCUGAAGAAAAAGAGAGACUGCAACGCAACGUAUGGGUAAACAUGUUUUAACAUUUAUCUUGUAUCUGUGUGUAUGUUCGUGUAUGUACCCAGGUUUGCACCAGAGCAGUAGUAACGCAAAUUCACAAGGGCAAGCAUCAGGCUGGAGCCUUAAUCGGGGUACCUCAAUUAUGGCCCNAUCAUUGUGUUGCACUGGUGUGGGUGUAAAAGGCAUCAGCAGUAUUAAAACCCUGAGUAUCAGCUGAAGUGCAAGUGUAAGACCAGACAUUGUUGAUUUUGCUAACUCUUAAAUAGACUACGAGCGGUCUCUCUUUUUUCUUAGCCCGUCGAGCAAGACAUAUGCGCGAGACACGCAAAUGACCACGCGCGUGACUGAAGGCGCGAGACGGGAAAGGCACAAAACAGAGAGAUCUUCUCGGGCUGCUGCCCUCGUUUUCGCGUCUCUCCGCUUCACCACUCGGCGCUCGUGCGCACGUGCAUUUCCCUCACUAAAUCUGAAGAAAAAGAGAGACUGCAACGCAACGUAUGGGUAAACAUGUUUUAACAUUUAUCUUGUAUCUGUGUGUAUGUUCGUGUAUGUACCCAGGUUUGCACCAGAGCAGUAGUAACGCAAAUUCACAAGGGCAAGCAUCAGGCUGGAGCCUUAAUCGGGGUACCUCAAUUAUGGCCCCUGCUUCAGCUCAACUAACAUUAACACCAGCUCAAGAAAAAGAAGAUGAUAAAAGCCAAGAACAAGCAGCCAAAGCCGAGAGAGUUUUAUUUGAAAGCACAGGUAACGAGAUUUAUCAAAGACUAUUUACCCGCUACGAAUAUAUUAACUAGUUUUUUGUUUGCCUUAAGAAAAGUAUUGUUUGUUUGUUUCUUUGUUUUUUAUCCAUAUUACGUUUUGGCUUUUGUGGGUGCAUUCAGCUGAGCAUUCAGGGCGUUCCUUCUCCUAGAUGCGAGAUCCUGCAAUUUCCCAUUAUUAUCACUACACGCGGUCAAAUGACUGACUGUCCUCUCAAAUACGUUCCUUUUCGCGGGCCAAACGGCAAAGUACGGUAUUAAAACUCUGAGUAUCAGCUGAAGUGCAAGUGUAAGACCAGACAUUGUUCAUUUUGCAAACUCUUAAAUAGACUACGAGCGGUCUCUCUUUUUUGUUGGUCCGUCGAGCAAAACAUACGCGCGAGACACACAAAUGACCACGCGCGUGACUGAAGGCGCGAGACGGGAAAGGCACAAAACAGAGAGAUCUUCUCGGGCUGCCGCCCUCGUUUUCGCGUCUCUCCGCUUGUGGGUGCAUUCAGCUGAGCAUUCAGGGCGUUCCUUCUCCUAGAUGCGAGAUCGUGCAAUUUCCCAUUAUUAUCACUACACGCGGUCAAAUGACUGACUGUCUUCUCUAAUACGCUCCUUUUCGCGGGCCAAACGGCAAAGUGCGGGCUGUUAAUGGAAUUUGCAGCUCGCAACAUGAUUUGGAGAGACACACAAAUGACCACGCGCGUGACUGGAGGCGCGAAACGGGAAAGGCACAAAACGGAGAAAUCUUCUUGGGCUGCCGCCCUCGUUUUCGCGUCUCUCUGCUUCGCCGCUCGACUCUCGCGCGCGCGUGCACUUCCCUCAUUAAAUCUGAAGAAAAAGAGAGACUGCUCGCAGUCUAACUCUGUACUCUUAAAUGUGAGCUCACAGAUCCGCCUCAGUGUCCCCACCCCCCCGUUCAAAUGCAACGUAUGGGUAAACAUGUUUAACAUUUAUCUUGUAUCUGUGUGUAUGUUCGUGUAUGUACCCAGGUUUGCACCAGAGCAGUAGUAACGCAAAUUCACAAGGGCAAGCAUCAGGCUGGAGCCUUAAUCGGGGUACCUCAAUUAUGGCCCNCCUCAUUAAAUCUGAAGAAAAAGAGAGACUGCUCGCAGUCUAACUCUGUACUCUUAAAUGUGAGCUCACAGAUCCGCCUCAGUGUCCCCACCCCCCCGUUCAAAUGCAACGUAUGGGUAAACAUGUUUAACAUUUAUCUUGUAUCUGUGUGUAUGUUCGUGUAUGUACCCAGGUUUGCACCAGAGCAGUAGUAACGCAAAUUCACAAGGGCAAGCAUCAGGCUGGAGCCUUAAUCGGGGUACCUCAAUUAUGGCCCCUGCUUCAGCUCAACUAACAUUAACACCAGCUCAAGAAAAAGAAGAUGAUAAAAGCCAAGAACAAGCAGCCAAAGCCAAGAGAGUUUUAUUUGAAAGCACAGGUAACGAGAUUUAUCAAAGACCUAUUUACCCGCCACGAAUGUAUGAACUAGUUUUUUUUUUGCCUUAAGAAAAGUAUUGUUUGUUUGUUUGUUUUUUAUCCGUAUUACGUUUUGGCUUUUGUGGGUGCAUUCAGCUGAGCAUUCAUGAUCAGCAGGGCGUUCCUUCUCCUAGAUGCGAGAUCCUGCAAUUUUCCAUUAUUAUCACUACACGCGGUUAAAUGACUGACUGUCUUCUCUAAUACGCUCCUUUUCGCGGGCCAAACGGCAAAGUGCGGGCUGUGAAUGGAAUUUUCAGCCCCCAACUUGAUUUCAUGUUAAACAAUCUUUCCUUAUGAAAUACAUUUGUACGAUUUGACCUGAUGUAUUGAUAAUAAUGAUAAUCACAUGACCUUGUCGGGCAUAUAGUUUAUUUAUGUCCGGUAGCAUCAUUUGCUACUCGGGUCACAAAUAAAACUAUAUGCCCUCCAUAAGUCAUGUGAUUGUCCUAUUAACAUUAGACGGCGCAGUGUUUACCUGUUAAGAGGCUUCCAACAUGCGGUAUAACUGAUCAAAUGCGAGACAAAAGCCUAAGCCUUCUCAAGUUUUACACGCUGGUUCGAGGAGCAGAACCUGACAGGGAUUGAGUGAUAUAUUAUUUGCCAAAAGUAUUUCAGUGCAACUACUCGAACCGGGGCAAGUUUUUUUGCAAGGGACCAAUCACAUUAAAAAUAUUGGAGAGCUGCUUCCUGAGAGGCAAGUUAAGUUCAUACGGUUAAAUAAGCUUUUCAACGGUCCUAUGGCUAAACCUUGAAUUUUAGUGGCCCAUUGCCAAAAAAAAUUUGAGAAUCUCCUGUUUUCAAAAAAGAAAUGUUGGUGUUGGAUGAUCUUCCAGUGACCCAGUUCGAGUAGUCGCACUGUAAAUUUGCGGCUGGGUGUUGGCUUGCAACUCACCUUGAUGAAGACCUGCGAGGCUAUUGGAUUUAGGAUGUUGUUUUAGACUGAAUGCUUUUUUACACCCGGCAGUGUUGUGUUAUAUCAAGAGAGGAUACAGCUUUAUCCUUUCUUGGUUAUAAACUAGGUAUAUAAAGUCAGGUUCUUGUCCUUUACAGAGUAACGUCCCUUGCUCGCGGCAUGUAAAUUACGAAGUACGUUUUUUUGACAGGUUUGCCCGAGGGUACAGUGAACGUAAAAUGGCGGAGACUAGCUUUCGAAAAACAGGCGAAAGACAGUGAUAAAAGUCGGGAACAUGCACAAAACCGAAGACGUAAUCCAUAUAACCGGACAGGUAAAUAAGUGAGACUAUAUAUUAGCCACUUCGGUUACUGUAGUCAGCUUUUUUCGAGUUAAAUUUCUUACACCUGUCGAAGAAAUAAACUCAUGCCACAAUCUAACAUAAGAAGUCUAGCAAGAUAGGCACCAUUAUCGUCGGCAGUUAAGUAUUGUUAGGUGGUAAAAAAGAAAGGAAAAGAAUCUGCAUGACUUGGCUUUAUUGGCCACACUGCAUUGUUUAAGUGAAUGAGAUAUUCAUAUUGACGGGUUGUAUUUUGUGCUCAAAUUCGCGCUCGCCCUUGCUUCCUGAAAAAAAGGCAAAAACAAAAAGCUUCAAUAUAUGUGUAUUCACGAUUCAUCACGAUUCACUGAAUCAAGGAUAUCGAUUGUGGCGUUUCAGAGAGUCAACUUCAAUGACGAUACCCAACGGUUUUUCAACAUUUUACUAUUCAUGGACAACAAAAAUGUUGGAUCGCUCGGUCAGUUUCCCCCCACUCCCUGUUCAAAUACAGUUAGUUUAUGGCCAAACAUCCUUUGAUUUCUCUUGUAUCUGAGUGUAUGUUCGUGUAUGUACCCAGGUUUGCACCAGAACAGUAGUAAGGAAAAUUCACAAGGACAAGCAUCGGGCAGGAGCCUUAAUCGGGGUACCUCAAUUAUGGCCCCUGCUUCACCUCAACUAACAUCAACACCAGCUCAAGAAAAAGAAGAUAAUAAAAGCCAAGAACAAGCAGCCAAAGCCGAAAGUGAAAGCACAGGUGACAAGAUUUAUUAA